AUGUAUGAGAGAUCAGACAGGCCCGACAUUUCGAGCGUGAGAAUACCAGGAUUCAAGGUGCAUGCAGUUAUUGGAAGAGGAGGGCAGGGAUCGGUAUACCUCUGUCAGAGAGAGCAAGGCUCCUUGGCCAUGUUUGCUGUUAAGGUUUGCGACAAGCCAGACGAGCGGGAGUAUCAGAACCUGAAAACCCUUGAGCAGCUCCGACAUCCCAACAUCGUUAAAGUGUUCGAGUGCUUGCUGCAGCCGUUCGCUAUCGUCAUGGAAUUUGUGGAAGGAGAGUCUCUGAAGGACUUGAUAGAGACUUCAGAGGAGGGGGAAGGUCGACGUCUCACUAGGGAUGUGGUAUAUGAGAUCGGUUCCCAGCUUCUCCUUGGUCUCUGCGCACUGCACAAGUUAUCUAUCCUGCAUCGCGACCUCAAGCCGUCCAACAUCAUCUGCACCUUCUCAGGUAACGACAUCCAGCGAGUCACGCUGAUAGACUUCGGAGCUUCGAAGCACGAGAACCUGGAUCACACCAUGACCUACACCGGCAACUACAUCGGUACCCUGCACUACUUCAGCCCCGAGCAGUGCAGAGGAGACUCCCAGCUCGACGCAAGAGUUGACGUGUGGUCAGCUGGGGUAGUCAUCUACGAGAUGACAGCUGGGAAGAAGCCUUUCUUCUCUCACAAC